AUGGCUAUAGUGGUUGGGCUGGCUGUGGCAUCCUACUGCUGCUUGUUACCCUUGAUGUGAGUGAGAGAGAGAGAGAGAGAGAGAGAGAGAGAGAGAGACCAAGGGCUUGUGGUUCUUCAACAAAUCUGUCCUCAUGCCAGCAGCAGGUUAAUAGGAUCAGAUAUCCCUGAAGACAGGAAUUCCUGCUGUGCUGCCUGACCAUGGGUUGACAGUGACACACACACAAUCAAGGACACACACACCAACAUUCCCUAGACUCUUGAGAGAAGAGCAAAACAGUUACACCCAUAAAUAAAUCUGUUACCAUUGAGACAGACUGGGUGUAUGCUCCACAGACAAUGGCAUCUUUCCUCUACUGUCUGUUUCUCUAUUAUUACAGCAGCUCUGGCUUCUGUGUGCGUAAGACAGAGUGUCAGCAGACAGGACACAGCAGGGAUGAACCACAAGGUCCUCAGGAUCUCAGACAGGACACAGCAGGGAUGAACCACAAGGUCCUCAGGAUCUCAGACAGGACACAGCAGGGAUGAACCACAAGGUCCUCAGGAUCUCAGACGGGACACAGCUGGGGUGAACCACAACGUUUGGUCCUCAGUACCUUAGGUUUUAUGCUAAAUGCAUGCUGGGGGUGGGGGUUUAAAGACUGUUAGGAAACGUAACAUACCUUUUGAUUUACCGUAACAGGGUGUGUUGUAACUGUUCUACAGUCUACUGCACCAUGGUGGUCUGGCCUGUACUUGGACUCUGUGUACAAGGAGAGGUUUUAAAAAGGUUAUCCCUUUGUUAAAUGGCGACAUUACCUCAUUACCUCUUUCAACCAUAAAUACGUAUUGUCAAUGUCUUUUGCUUAUAGGAAACAUCAUAUUGGACACAUCACCUUCACCCAGACUGUCUCAUAGACUUAAGUAAACACAUUUAUGACAUUGAAGCAUAAGAGUUUCAGACAUUACCUUUUCCCUUUGACCACAAUGUCUUGCCCUGACUCCUACAUGGCCCAGCUCAGUGGUGGACUGUGAAACAGUGGAAAAUAAGGCCAUUUUCCAAGUCUUUCCAUACAGUUUAAAGUCCCAUGCCCUUUUAAAUUUGACAAAUAAAACAUGGGAAGUCCCCCGCAAGGGCUGUUGUUAUGCUACAUGAACACUAACCACCACUGGUCGAGUAACUGUAACUUUAAUAAUCCUUAUAAAAACUAUUUUGUAGCUAGCAAAUCUGGACCUCGAAGCCAGUUCCACUGCUUUUUUAAUUUUCAUUCUUCCUUCUAAUCAGGGGACUGAUUUAGACCUGGCACACCAGCUUGGUGCAAUUAAUUAUCAGGUAGAACAGAAAACCAGCAGUAGUCCGGACCUCGUGGGUAAGAUUUGAAUAUCAAUGUUCUAAAGCAAACAGAGCAGAGCGAAGUUUCAACAUGUCAAAGCGAGGUGAACCUGAAAUAACGACAGGUGAGGUCGGUGGUUGGUGUAUGAGUGACAUCAUCAGCCCAAUGAUGGCAAAUGUGACGGUGCUAGACGGACUAACUGCUGAUUCACCUGUUCACUUAACAUUAGUCAUGGCGUGAGAACUUUACCGUCGUCAUGACCGCUGCUAGAAAGUCAAUGAAAGUGUGUUUUCCCUAGAGACUGUUCGACAGGUUACAUUUUUUUUCACCGUUGCUGUUUCUUAGUCCUACUAGGUGAAAUCCUAACUUGAGGUCUGUGGUGUAAUAUUAGAUUUUCUCCCAUUGACAUCAUCAAUACAUGAUUUACAUCAAAGUCAGAGUUACAUGGACAGACCGAUCUGAAGUUAGGAUUUACCUCAUAGGGAAAGAUCUGCCUUCCUGAAACCCUAUACUGCUCAAUACAUGUGAAGUAUACAUGUUUCCUUAAGUCUCUUCUCCUCUCUUUCUGUGUUGCAGUCCUUAGAGGUGGACCAGAGCACCUUACAGAGGAUGAAGAAGAUGGUCAAGGCCAUCCACAGCUCUGGACUAAGUAAGUGGCCAUACACACACUGCAUUAUAAGCCUUUUUAUAAUACAUUAUAAAGGCUCAUACAUCUUUAUAACAAGUUAUAACGCAUUAUACCGACAGGCUUUAAGUAAAGUGUUGAUCAGCAGUAUUUUCAAAAUGGCUGCCAAUUCCCUUAUAAAUGACAUCACGUGGCUUGUGUGGGCAUUGUUUUUUUGUUAGGCUCCUUUGUUAGUCAUGUGACUAGGGCGUGGGAUGAGGGCUCAUUAUGGCUAAGGUGUGUUUGUGGAUGGUGUCGUUGUAUUGGUUCUAUGUGAUGUGUUGGCUGAGCCGCUCCACCCUGUCUGUCUGUCUGUCUGUCUGUCUGUCUGUCUGUCUGUCUGUCUGUCUGUCUGUCUGUCUGUCUGUCUGUCUGGGGUGUAAAGGUUCAUCAAACGCACGGUUCGGUAUGUAUUGCGGUUUUGGGGUCACGUUUCGGUAGAGUAGGAAAAUUAAUUGCCAACAGUUACUGUAGUUAAUUUUGGUUUAUUUAAGAAAUCCAAAGUGUUGGUAUUCCUGACUCCAUAUAUGAUCAUGAGUCAUAUAAUGUCUGAUGAGAGCACCAACAGGAGUACCAACACUUGGUAUUUUCUUAAAUGAAAACACACGAUUACUCAACAACACUAAAAUAAAGUGCAAUAUGCAUGUGAAAUCAAUAUGUAAACAUGGCUCAGACAUUGUAUAGGUCUAUGCUAUAAUGUUUUCUUACAGAGAGAAAAAUAUGCGCACUGACUCUCAUAAAGGGGGCGUGUCUGUAGCGCGGUACUUCUCAUUUCCCGCUCCGGGGUCAUGUGAUGGGCUGUCACUGUUAAGUAGCGGUCUGUAGCCCUGGAGGGCCAUCCGUCUGUAGUAAGCGCUACACUGGGUGCAUCGGCCAAUUCACUGACAACUUCGGCUUUAGCCUGCUUAUAUAGAGGGGGUACUACCCGUUUGCUGAAAUGGGUGCGCGAGGGCGAAGUUCGUAACGUGGCUCGAGCACUUUCACGAGGUGCUGAAACCUGGGGAAUACUGGGGUGAUGUCGACGUAAAUGUGUCAACAUGUUUGAGGUGUUGGCAGCUGCAUAGGCUAUUCUCGUUGAGCAGUGGCGACAUACUCUCUCUGUCCAUCGCCGUUGUAAUCUACUGGGAAGCCAAAAUGUUCCCAAACUGGAGAUUUAAACGAUGGCUGCGCCUCACAAAAGGACAGUUUGAAAUGCUCCAAUUAAAGAGUUGAAUUUUGAUAACAAAGUUGUUUGUUUUACAACUAGUUGUUUUAACAGAAUAGCCUGAAAUGUUUUUUUUCAGCUCAGUUUUACUCAAGAGGCAUAACCUAUAGGUCUAGUGUUUUUAUUUGUUAUAUAUUUUUUAAACGUAUUCUUUCAGGUUCACAGUGGUGACCGAACCGAGGUCUCCGUACUGAACGGCCUGUCUGACAGUGUAUGUGUGUGUGUGUGUGACAAUGUCCUCUCAGUGUUGGCUGUUUAGACUGGCGUGGUUCAUUUCAGACACCAACGCACCAAACUUCAGUGGUCAAGGAGGCCGAAGGAAGGUGUGUGUGCGUGCGGAGGCGCGCGCGUGUGUGUGUGUGGCAGGUAGCUUAGUGGGUAAGAGCUUUGUGCCAGUAACCGAAAGGUUGCUGAUUCUAAUCCCCGAGCCGACUAGGUGAAAAAUCUGUCGAUGUGCCCUUAAGCAAGGCACUUAACCCUAAUUGCGUCUGCUAAAUGAUUGAAAUGUAAAAUGAAAUGUGUGUCUAGAAUGUAGAUGCAUAGGAGCGUGUGCCCACUGUCCACCUACAUACCACACACUGUGGCUUUGUUGGCAGGAUGGUUGGAAUGAUCAACAUGUUGAUGUUGACUGAGUCCAACUGUAAAGUAGCUCAUACAGUAUUCUAUCAGAUUUUGGACAAACGAGGACAGUUGACUUUCUUUAUUAUGUAGAUUCAGAAUCUGGGGACUUUGAGUACUACUACUACUACUACUACUACAUUUUAGUCAUUUAGCAGACGCUCUUAUCCAGAGCGACUUACAGUUAGUGAGUGCAUACAUUAUUUUUUGUAUUUUUCAUACUGGCCCCCCGUGGGAAUCAAACCCACAACCCUGGCGUUGCAAACGCCAUGCUCUACCAACUGAGCUACAUCCCUACAACCACUACUACUACCACCACUACUACUACUACCACUAGUACUAUUACUACUACUACCACUAGUACUAUUACUACUACCACUACUACUACUACUACCACUAGUUCUAAUACUACUACUACUACUACCACUAGUACUAUUACUACUACCACUACUACUACUACUACUACCACUAGUUCUACUACUACUACUACCACUAGUACUACUUCAUACUGAUGUGACCAAGCAACUACUCACCAGAUUCACAAUGCUAACAACAUACAGCAAACAUGGAUGAACACAUUCAAAAAUAAGUUAUUUUUCAUCUUACUGAACUGUGAAAUAGUCUGUUUUCUAUUUGCGGGGUUUAACUGUCAGAUUUAAGUCGGAGAGAAACAGAGUUAGGAAAUUAUGUUUGUGUCAGUCAGUACAGAGAUACCCCAACCCCACUUCUCUCCACACAGCCCCCAUCCCCCCUCUAAACCCCCACUUUCUCUAUCCCUCUUAACUGGAAUCAUAUGGGGCCGUUCCAUUCCAGUAAGGCUAAGGGGGGCCCCUCUUUUCCUGUUCGUUGUUAGUGGCUGGCUGAUUCAGAACCCCUCAAUCAGCCGUGAGUGAUACAGUAUGUGGUUGGUUGGUUGGCUCACCAUCCCUUUCUUUCUCUCUCUCUCUCUCUCUCUCUCUCUCUCUCUCUGUCUCUGUCUCUGUCUCUCUCUCUCUCUCUCUCUCUCUCUCUCUCUCUCUCUCUCUCUCUCUCUCGCUUCCUCUCUACAGGGGGACAUUAAUGAUCUUCCUCAGAGAUGUUAGUCAGCGUUGUGCUGCUCGUCAGGUUUUUGUUGCUGUGAACACACCUGCGGUUAGCAUGCAGCCGCACACACACACACACACACACAACAUUAAAGACUGAGCACGACCAUUUUAACAAAGCAGACUAUUACAGUAAGCCUCAUGAUGCAUAUGUAGAGUAACCAUUACUUGAAAACUGUAGGCUGGUGCCAGGUUAUGCUCCCACUUCGUUACAUGCUUAGGCAGGUAAGCCAUCCUGAUGUGCAUAAUGUCCACUGUGUACCAUGUGUAGGCUAGGUGCAGGCGGUUAAAUGCUCCCACUGUCGUUACUGCUGUAGGCUAGGUGCCAGCGUUACUGCUCCCACUGUCGUUACCAUGGAUGUAGGCCUAGGGUGCCAGGCUGUUUGCUCCACUGUCGUUACCAUGCUGUAGGCUAGGUGACUAGGUGCCAGGCGGUUACUGCUCCCACUGUCGUUACCAUGCUGUAGGCUAGGUGCCAGGCUGUUACUGCUCCCACUGUCGUUACCAUGCUGUAGGCUAGGUGCCAGGCUGUUACUGCUCCCACUGUCGUUACCAUGCUGUAGGCUAGGUGCCAGGCGGUUACUGCUCCCACUGUCGUUACCCAUGCUGAGCUAGGUCAAGGCGGUUACUGCUCCCACUGUCGUUACCAUGCUGUAGGCUAGGUGCCAGGCGGUUACUGCUCCCACUGUCGUUACCAUGCUGUAGGCUAGGUGCCAGGCGGUUACUGCUCCCACUGUCGUUACCAUGCUGUAGGCUAGGUGCCAGGCGGUUAUGCCUCCCACUGUCGUUACCAUGAUGUAGGCUAGGUGCCAGGGCUGUACUGCUCCACUGUCGUUACCAUGCUGUAGGACUAGUGCCAGGCGGUUACUGCUCCCACUGGCGUUACCAUGCAGAGGCUAGGUUUGCCAGGCGCGUUACUGCUCCACUGUCGUUACCCCCCAUGCUGUAGGCACUGCGGACCAUGGGCUAGGUGCCAGGCUGUUACUGCUCCCACUGUCGUUACCAUGCUGUAGGCUAGGUGCCAGGCGGUUACUGCUCCCACUGUCGUUACCAUGCCAGACCUUUGACAAAGGACCUGGCUAAAGCACAAACAGACUGGCACCCGUGCUAGAAAGAUGGAGACAGGUACUCAAAAAUACUUUAAUCCCAACUAUUACAGCUGGUAAAGCUCUGCUCAGUAGUGUGAAAAGGGUAUAUGAAAGGGUAUAUGAAAGGGUAUAUGAAAGGGUAUAUGUGGUCACUUUCUCUUGGGUCAUGACCUAAUAACCUCUUGUUUUGUUUAUGUUGACAGGCCGUAGUCAGAGAGCAGUGGCACCGCUGGGAGAGAGAGGGAGAGAAAGCUCUCAAAAGACGGCAACAACAAUGAAGUGUGUUUUGUGGUUCUAGGUCACACGGAGAACAAGGAGCAGUACAUUGAGGUGCUGGAGAAUCUGGGGAACAGUCACCUGACCCAGGACAACAACGAGGUGUCCACAGGGUUCCUCAACAUGGCCGUCUUCACCAGGGAGGUCACCGCACUCUUCAAGAACCUGGUGAGGGGAGGGGGAGACUUUGGAGGAGGCUGGGAGUCGGGUGAAGAAGGGGGAGGAGGGGUAAUAGAGAGAAGUGGGAAGGUCCACACAAUAGUUAUUUCAUUUUACAGGACAAACAUUUCACUCAUCUGGGCUUCAUCAGUGCCAUAG